AUGGUGUUCACUAUUAUUGUACAUCUGACUGUGAAAAGCGACCACGUGGAAAAGGUCAAGGCGAAAUUGAUAGAAGCGAGUCGCGUUUAUGUCAACGAUAAAGGAACCAUCGACUGGUUUGUUAGUCAAGAUGUGGCAGAUCCAACCAAGUUUGCCAUCGUAGAACGGUAUGAGCAGCAGAGUGAUGUGCAAACUCACAUCAACAAUCCAUACUAUCAACUGUUCGGUGCAUACGUGAAACCACUUUUAUCUAAGCCCUUGGAGCUGCACAGGGUGGAAGAAUUGGAUACGUCGAAAGAAGUUGAAGUUCCUCCGCAAACUUGGUCGGUUGAAACAGACAAUUAA